AUGAUGCCUUACAACAUCAUUGCGACGGGCGUUGGCUUCGCCUUUUACGGCCUUGUCCUCCCGCUGCCGAGCUCACGUAAGCUUGUCUUGUGGACUUGCAUUACUGUUGUGCUCGACGUGAUCUUUCGCAGCAUUGUGCUGUACUUUGAUUGGUGGUCUCGGCGGAUGGUGUUUCCGCUCGUCGUGCUCGCUACCUUUUCUCCCGCGCUAGGCUUUCUCAUGUACGAAGCUUGGAAGCUGACCAACGAGCCUGAUCUAGUCUCCUUCUGGCGGGCCGAGGCCUUUUACUUUCGGAAGCAGCUCUCGCCGUCGUUUGCGCACCUCGAGGCGUCGAACUCGGUCCUUCCUGUCUUCGACGGCAGCGCCUCGCUCGACAACCUCCGUUCCGACUCGCUCAGCUCGUCAACCUCUGAUAAUGGAGACGAGCUGGUAUCUGCUGUAUCGCUGCUCUCGAUGCCGUUUCGCGCCUGGACGCGGCGGCUCUCGCAGCAGCGAUCGACCGAGCUUGAGCGGCCAGACGCGCCCCGCUCGAACGAGCCAAGCUCACCGCACGACUCCGUCAUGGCCAUGCCGGACUUUGACGAUGACUCCUUCUGCUCGCCGAUUGCGCCCUCACCGGGCAUCUUCAACGAGCCGAUCUUUACCUCGAGCCGGCCGGCGCGACCGCCGCCCUCGCCGCCGCAGCCUCAGUUGCACACCACGGGAAUGACCAUGACCUCGCUUGCAUCCAGAGGCAGCAAUCCUGCGCGUGGGCUUGAGUUCAAUAGCAGCGAGACGUCAGAUGUUGAGACUCGGUCGUGCGCGUCGAUGGGCUUCUCGACAAUCUCGUCGCUCGAUGAAGAGCACAAGGACGUGACGCAGACGCACACCAGCUCCGACUGUGAGGGGAGCAACGGGCCGCACGCGCAUCCGGCGUCACGCCAACGGCUAUCGCGGGUCCGCCACUCGAUCUUUCACACCGGUAUGUGGCUCAUUGCCGUCCUCGCCGUUAUCCUUGUAUCGUUCGUCUUUUGCCAGCUCUAUGCCGCCAAGUUUCUCCAGAUGUCAUCGCUCCGCAAGCUGGGUCAAGUCGAGCAGACUCUGGCAGUUGUCGUCUUUACGCUCCCGCUCCUUGUCCUCAAGAUUGUGAUGAAGCGAGUCACCUCGCAGUUUGACGCCUACCACGAGGUCGACAUCCGCCCGCUCUGUCUCUUCACCAUGGAUCUCUUCCGGCUCGUCUUUCAGCGCAAUCUGUUCCUGGAGAUCGACUCGUACACGGUCAUUGUGGUGAUCAACAUCGCAGCCUUUGGACUCGACAUGCUGAUCUACGUGUUCGGCACGACAGCCGUCUUCUUUGUCGUCUACACCCGGACCUGUGUGGCGUUACGGAGGCGGCUCGGCAUGUUUGCCACCCUCGUGCCCGAGCCGGUCAGCUACAGGGUUUUUGUCCAGCAGUCGGCCAUCGACUAUUUCUUCGAGGUCAUCGUCGACACCAUGACCAUCGUCGGCUUCUGCAUCCUCGCGGUAGUCCUCCACAACUCGCACAACCGGGGCGUGUUCCCGUACACCGAGGCCGACGGCGUCAGUCACACCUCGUCGCUCCCACGCUUUGCCGCCUACGUUGCCAUCACUCUCGCCUGCUCGCGGCUCUCGGUCUACAUUGUCCGCGCCUGGCACUCAGCCGCCCUCAGGGCGACGAGCCACAAGCUUGGCUCGAUGGUCCUCACCUCGCCUGAGUUUCUCAUCGCAGCCAUCACCAUCUCCACCCACAUCCUCCAGGACUACGUCCUUGCGGUGCUCACUGUCGAGUUUGAAUGA